CUUUGAAUUAGGAGAGACGGAAAAAGCAGAGGGGGCUACGCCAGUUUACCUGGCCAAGGAGAGCCACCCAAUGCAUGCGAGUCUACCUCCUGCACCCCCUUCGAAGCAAUUGGUAGAUCCGGCAGGCGUUCCAGGCAAGCGACUCACGGUCUGCUGAUACCCAAAAGCAUCUUGCAAAUUGAGGAAGAGGGAUGCUCCAGGAGACCAUGGAGACGGAUUAGGAACAGCGGGUGCAACAUGCUUCGAGGCAGAUUCCAUGACUGAACGGUUUUGUUUCUUCUGCUCCCCGACCUUGCCUGACAGUCCUCCUUGGAGAUCAGCCCUUCUAUUUUUCCACAACUCCCUUGGGGAAGUAUGACUGAGGUGGAGCCCGUGCUGGAUUUUGCAUCAUCAGGGCGCACUGGCCGAAGAAACGCCUUGCCGGAUAUCCUGGGUUCACCAGCUGGUGUCAGCCCCACCGACUUGCCCCUGAAACUGGCAGAAAUGUCUAUUACCUCAGACAGAUCACAAGAAAUGCAGUCACCAGCCACAGAGGUGCCUCCACCAGCACCCCAAAGUCCAGAGUUGAAAGAUACCUCUUAACCCUUCCUCCUGGAAGUCAACUGAAGAAGGAGACGCUUCCUAACAUCCAAAGACGUUUGCCUGGAGUUUGCUGGGGCUACCUGGCGAAACUUGUCUUCAUCCGUGGCAUGAAGGAGAGACACAGGAGGAUGGGAAAAACAAGCAACCACACAUUUUAUAAACACCUGAGUGGGACCUUUAGGGACUCCUUCUUCAGAGGGCACUUGAAGAACUGCAAGACAGAAUGGAAGGGGUUGUUACAGAGUUAAGUUUGUUUCCACAGCUCUGGUGCAGAGAGCAGCCAUGAACAGAAAAGUCCCGUCAAGUUACUUUGGAGUCAUCCAGUUCAGGAUUGUCUUGGUUGAAAGCUGCAGGUUCCCAGAGCUUCAGCCAAGGGCCUUGUUGAAGCUCAUCUGGAGAUGCCCAGAACUUGGCAUGGGAACCAGCUACAUGCAAAACAAAAGCUGUUCCACUGAAUGUCAUCCUUAACUGUGCAUCUGCCAUAUAUUUGUGGGUCCAAAAUGUUAUUCAAAGAUCCAUGAGGUGUUGUUAUUUUUUUUUUAACAAUGUGUAUUUUUCACAGUAUGCAUCUGUUGCUGUGAUGUUUGGAAGCAAAGCCUUCCCUUUUUUGGGGGAGAUUGUGUGUUGGUUUCACCACAGGUCUACCGUCCUCUCUACAAAAUAUUUUAGACGCAACGUUUCAGGUGAGAGGUCAGCUCCUUCUCUUCAGCCCUGGUUGAAUUCCUCUCAAGGUGGAAGCUCUUUCCAAAGUAAUCUGCCUAUUUUGGAAAGUGUCCUGGCUUGAGGAAUAAGGUGAAAAGCAUCUCACGUACAAGAAAUCAAUACGGCUGUUUCAAUGGUGAAAUCCAAAUUUGUUUACUACCGGUUCUGUGGGCGUGGCUUGGUGGGCAUGGCAGGGGAAGGAUACUGCAAAAUCUCCAUUCCCACUCCUCUCCAGGGGAAGGAUACUGCAAAAUCCCCAUUCCCUCCCCACUCCUGGGGGAAGGAUAUUGCAAAAUCUCCAUUCCCACCCUACUCUGGGGCCAGCCAGAGGUGGUAUUUGCCGGUUUUCCGAACUACUCAAAAUUUCCGCUACCGAUUCUCCAGAACUUGUCGGAACCUGCUGGAUUUCACCCCUGGGCUGUUUAUUACCAAAGGUGGUUGGCCUUACCUAUGAGAUUUUCAGGUCAGUACAUAACAAUUGGACAAACCAUUUAUAGUCGUUUUAGAGAUCCCUUAGUUCUCACUAGAAGUAGAAGAUUGACUUUCAUACUUUGGAUGAAGUGCUCUUGAAGUGGAAUUCCAAAUGGUCCUUCUUGAAGAACAAAGUUUUCGGUUAAUAGAUGGAGAAGAAAGAUCUUCUGUCUUGCUUUUUGUGGCCCUGUUCUGGGUUUCUAUUUUUUAAAAAUCAGUAAGGAAGGACACAUGUGGAUAAAAUAGCUUUUGCUAAAAACCAAGCACCAUCGGAAGACCUGAAAGACACGUUAGGGAUAGAUCAACAUGGAAGGAAGCUAUCCAUGUGGUCAUUCGGAAUCAAAAAUCAAUCAAUCAAAAAAGACACAGAAUGAAACCCAACCCUUGCUAUUUAUUUUUUAUAUUUAUUUAUUGAGGCUUCAAUUGGAUGCAGUGGCUCAGUGGCUAAGACACUGAGCUUUUCAAUCGAAAGAUCGGCAGUUCAGCAGUUCGAAUCCCUAGUGCCGCGUAAUGGGGUGAGCUCCCGUUAGUUGUCCCAGCUUCUGCCAACCUAGCAGUUCGAAAGCAGGUAAAAAAUGCCAGUAGAAAAAUAGGGACCACCUUUGGUGGGAAGGGAACAGCAUUUCGUGCGCCUUUGGCGUUUAGUCAUGCCGGCCACAUGACCACGGAGACGUCUUUGGACAGCGCUGGCUCUUCAGCUUUUAAAGGGAGAUGAUCACUGCCCCCUAGAGUCUGGAACGACUAGCACAUAUGUGCAAGGGGAACCUUUACCUUUAUCUAUUGAGGCUUCUAGUCCCAAAUGACUGAAUGGCUUCCUCUCCAAUAAGCAGAAGCAGGAUUAAAAAUGGUCUGUAAUAUCCAGUAAUGCUCCCAAACAAAUCAAUACCCCUUCUCCAAAAAAUUAGAGGUGCACUAUUGAAAGAUCUGAAGAAGCCAGUUGGGGACAGAUCAUAAAGGAGAAAAUCUACCUAAAGUUACAACCAGUCCUUGCACUUACAACUCUCACAGCAUCAACACAGUCCUAGGAUCAAAAUUUGGGUGCUUAGCAACCAGAAAUUCUGGUCCCAAUUGUGGUUACUAAAAGUUGACACCAACUUGAUGGCGCAUAAGCAAGCAAGCAAGCAAUUAUCCCAGAAGGACCUCAAAUCGUAUUGAUCGCUUGUGUGUGAACAUAGGUUUAAAAAAAAAAAAAUCAUUCAGAAACAAUUGAACUGAUGAGCGGGUGCAAAACGUUUUCAGAAGUUGAAGAUAAACGAAGCACAUAGAUUGUAUAGUCCCAAUUUAUUUUAUAGCUGUUGUCUCUAAAGAAAGUGGCAUUUAUAAUAAUCACAUUAAGGCAGGAUAUAUUUAAUAUGUUCCAUUCAUAACAGAAAAUAAACGCAGGGGGGGAAAAAAUCCUGAAAAAGUCAACUGUGUUCAAAAAUUCAACGUAACUUUUUGGGGAGGAGGGGAAAUGCAUAUUUGCCCAUUUUUCUCGAGUGAAAAACUAUGUCUAGUGAGGAUCUGUUUGUGCAAAACUCAUUAAAUUUCUACCAUUGAGACACCA